GAAAACUGACUUUAUGGUAAACAGAACAACUUGGUAAAUAUCAGAUGCAAAAAUAGAGAAAGCAUGUUCAAGAGUUAAUGUGAAAAGUAAUAAGGAGGAAGUGGUGAUUCGGUUAAGAGAACAAUGGAUAAUUUGAAUGCUUAACAAUUAUUUAUUGACUCUUGUCUUAGGGGGCUGUGUCCUGGAGAUUCCUAAAUCACAAAUGUGAUCAUAAUUAUUGAAUAUAAUAAUGCCAUAUAAUAAACUAAAUAAAUUUUAGGUAAGCCCUUUGUAUCUUCUCCUUAAUUCUCACAACUCUAAGAUAGAUAUUUAGUUCAAUAUUUUUUUUUAAAUAUAAAAAAUGACUUCAUUUAAAUAAUGGCUCAGGUCACCUAAAACAGUAAGUAUUGAAAACGUGAUUCAAACCUAUGUCUAGAAAAAGAACGCGAGCAGGGAGUUGAAAUUCCAGCAUGUGUGUGAAGAAGCAACACAUAUGCAAAUUCUUUCAGUCUGUUUCUUCAUCUAUGAAAUAACAUGAGAGCAAUAACCCUUAAUCAAGAAAAAUACCUAAGAAAUAAAUGAGAAAAUAUUAUGGUAAUCCCUUGACCUACAGUUUCCAUUCUCAUUUCUCGGAUUCUAUCUACAGCUAUGAUUCUAUUAAUUCCCUUCUCCCUUUAAUUCCUAACUUAUCCACCUAGGUCUCCAUACCUGUAAAAUUAAUUGAAUUUCUGCAUGUCUUAUAACUCCCUAUCAAAAUAUGCUUGCUCACAUGGUCUCUAGUUAAAAUGGAUAUUCUCUGCUAUCGGUCUUUUUAGAAAUGAUGUAAAAAUUAUAUUUUAUAAUACUUUAUACUGUCCAAUUUUUAUUUCCGGGUGCUUCAAGUUCAGAUGUAUUAUCGAAAUGAUAAAUUUUAUGAGAAUAGCUAAUGAUAGGUAGCAGGACAUUUAAGGAUAAAUAAACUUGACAGAGUUUCUGAAAUAUCACAAAUGCAUGGUAAAUGAAAUAUCUUGAAACAUAAUGCCUGAUCAAAUGAUGUUUAUUUUAUUUUGAUACAUGGAUGAAACAGGAAUACAGAUUCACAACAAAGUGCACACACAAAGAGUUAGAGCUAUGGUAUACAAGGAAGAAAAGGCACACACUGUACUUCAAAAGACUUCAUGGAAGAGUUGAGGUAUUAUGGAAAAAUUCAAUUCAAAAUUUAAUGGUGAACAAAUCACCAGGAAAAGUGUGAGAUAUAAAGGCUUCUGUCUCAGGACUUUGUUAAUGUGACGAGAAAAAUAUUUUCAUUUUGCUAUGCCCACAGACAAAAAAUGAAAAUGCAUAAAUCAAGAGCCCAUCACUUCUAUUCAAAUGUAAGCCUAGUAUUAAAUCUUAAUUAUGUCGCAAUGUCAAGAAUUUAGCAUGCAUUCUCUGUUGAACCUCAGUUGUGUUGUUUGAUGUAGAAUUCCUGCUGGAAUUUUCAGGGGGAUUAGAAAUUGUAUAUGCUACUUCUAUACACCUCUUUAGUCUGCAGAAUUGGAAAACAGGCCAAAAAAGAUAAAUAAUUUCACCACUUUCACAGAUGGAACACCAAGAAAACCUACUAGAAGUAAAUGACACUUUGGUGAUAGAAUUUUUUCUUUUGGGAUUCUCUGAUAUUCCUAAUCUCCAAAUGUUACUUUUUGGGAUAUUUUUCCUGGCUUAUGUGAUUAUCUUGAUGGGAAAUGGCAUCAUUAUUCUCAUAACCAGGGUUGACAAGACUCUCCAGACACCCAUGUAUUUUUUCCUCAGUAAUUUUUCCUUCUUGGAAAUCUGUUACGUGUCUAUCAUUAUUCCUAAAAUGCUCAUGAACAUUUGGACUCAGAAUAGAAAAAUUUCUUUGUUUGAAUGUGCGACACAAAUGUGUUUUUUCCUUGUACUUGGAAGUACAGAGUGUUUACUCCUGGCAGUAAUGGCCUAUGAUCGCUACGUGGCCAUUUGUAACCCUCUGCACUAUCCCCUAGUCAUGAAUGGCAGGGUCUGUAUCCAGUUGGUGACUGGCUCCUGGACUACUGGAAUCACAAUUCAGAUAGGGCAGACAUAUCAGAUUUUCUCUCUGCCAUUUUGUGGAUCUAACCAAAUCAACCACUUCUUCUGUGAUAUCCCCCCAAUAUUCAAGCUGGCCUGUGGGGACACCUUUGUGAAUGAGAUGUCAGUCUACAUAAUUGUUGUGUUGUUUAUCACAGUUCCAUUUCUGUUGAUACUUGGCUCCUAUAGCAAAGUCAUCUCCACCAUCCUGAAGUUGCCAUCAGCCACAAGUCGAGCCAGAGCCUUCUCCACCUGCUCAUCUCAUCUUAUGGUUGUGGCUUUAUUCUUUGGAUCAGGAAUCAUUACAUAUUUUCAACCCAAAUCAAAACACUCUUCUGGAAGAGACAGAUUUCUCUCUCUUUUCUAUACCAUUGUUGUCCCAGUGUUUAACCCUAUGAUAUAUACUCUGAGGAAUAAGGACGUCAUGGUGGCAUUGAGAAAAUUGCUGCCUUAAUGUUUAGUCACAUUAGCCAGUCAUAUGAACUCAUUAUCUCUUUUCUCAUUUAAUUCUGCUGUUGUAUAAUCAGAAACUAACUUUUAGUUUGAUUUCCUGCCUUAGUAUAUAUUUUACUCAUUCCUGAGCUUGUCAUUUUAUGCCAGACUUUCUGAUAUCGGUGUUCUAGCCACAAUUCUUGUAUUGCAAAUAAGAAAUUAAUUAUUUUGACAAAUCUCAUGUACAGGUCACUAGUUUAUCACCCCCAGAAAUUAGCUGGUGAUUUGAGACUGUUUACUGAAUAAUAUAGUCUCUUUUAUCUAGUAGUUGAUGUCACAAUACUUUUUCUCCUAAAAAUCAUUCCCUUUU